CGUCAGCUGAUCCGCUGCCCCAAGAUGGAGGGAGAGGGUGAGGAGGACGUGCGGCCGCUGCUGAGCGGGGAGCGGAGGCAAGGUGUGUGGCCGUCAUCUCCGGGUCUGUGUCAGCACCGACCCACCGUCAGUGGGCUCACGGGAUCAUGUGGGCGAGUAGUACCAGCUUGCUGCUCAGCUCGAUACAACCUGGCGAUUUUGGCCUUCUGGGGAUUUUUUAUUGUGUAUGCACUACGUGUGAAUCUCAGUGUUGCAAUGGUUGAAAUGUUGGAUGAUAAUGCAACUUUGCCCAAGAAUGGUAGUGUCGAGGCAUGUCCACCACACUCCAACGUUACUCACCAAAAUUAUGGGAAAAAGGGCAAAGUAUAUAACUGGGAUUCGGAUAUACAGGGGUGGAUCCUUAGUGCUUUCUUCUAUGGUUACAUCGUUACUCAGAUUCCUGGUGGAUAUCUGGCUGGUAAAUUUGGAGGGAAGCUGUUGCUUGGUUUUGGCAUUCUGGGCACUUCGUUUUUAACACUGUUGACUCCACCAGCAGCUGCAAUGGGUCCUUACUGCGUAAUUGUACUGAGGAUUAUUGAAGGCCUGGGAGAGGGUGUGACCUUCCCUGCCAUGCAUGCAAUGUGGGCUGAAUGGGCACCACCUUUAGAAAGGAGCACACUUGUCAGUUUAUCAUAUGCAGGUGCCCAACUUGGAACAGUUGUUUCCCUUCCAUUAUCUGGAAUAAUUUGCUAUUACUUGGAUUGGUCAUAUGUUUUCUACAUAUUUGGUGCACUGGGAGUCAUCUGGUGUCUGUUAUGGUUCUGGCUGGCGAGUGACACACCAGAAACCCACAGAACAAUAUCUCAUGCUGAGCAAGACUAUAUAAUGUCUUCACUUCAUGGCCAGCAUUCUUUUAAGAAAAAUGUACCAUGGCAAUCUAUAUGGAAAUCUUUGCCACUCUGGGCUAUAGUUGUUUCUCACUUUUGCUACAAUUGGACUUUUUAUACAUUAUUAACACUGCUUCCAACAUACAUGGAAGAGAUUUUACAAUUUGACAUUAAAGAGAAUGGAUUUUUAUCGGCACUACCAUAUCUCUUCUGUUGGAUAAUGAUGAUCAGUGCCGGAUUGAUUGCUGAUUACCUGAUGAAAAAACAGAACUGGACUACAUCUACUGUUCGGAAAAUGUGCACCCUAAUAGGUAUGAUUGGGCCUGCAAUGUUCCUGGUUGCUACUGGAUAUAUAGGCUGUAAUUAUACAGUAGCUGUAUUGUUUGUAACAAUAUCCUCUGCGUUAGGAGGCUUCAGUAUGUCUGGAUUCAACAUUAAUCAUUUGGAUAUUGCUCCAUCGUAUGCGGGAAUCUUACUUGGGAUCACAAACACAUUUGCCACGAUUCCUGGAAUGGUAGGACCAGUUAUUGCCAAAGUCUUGACAUACAAUCAUACACUUGCAGAAUGGAGAAGUGUGUUCUACAUUGCUGCCAGUAUUGAUGUGUUCGGUGCACUGUUUUUCACCAUUUUUGGGAAAGGUACAGUCCAGUCCUGGGCAAUUGAUCACUGAAUAUUUAUCUGUAACCACACAGUCCUUGGCAACCAAUCAAUGUUUCUCAUGUGACUUUAACAUAGGUUUAAUUUUGAUCAUGUGACCUAACAGUUUUUUUCCCCUACAAACUUCAUUUCACGACAAACUAAAAACAAAUUAAAAUACUAACCACAGUAUUUAGGAUGCAUUCCAGUCCCUGCAGUGCCCUUUAGUUGCAAAAGACCUGAAUCUUAAUGCUAGUGCCUGUGCAUUCACUCUCUUUUUUCUAGUAACUUGAGCUUGAACAGAGCAGCAGGGAAGAGGUAGACAAUCUGGAAAGAGGGAUUCUCUGACUGCCUGGGCCUGUGAAUACCUUUUUAUGGCUGCACCUGAACCUGAUCAAUGAGGUCCUUCAAAUAUCCCAUAAAGCCAGCUCCCAUCUUCCUCUGCAUAAGGUGCCAAAAGACCAGGAGCAUGGGACUAAAAUGAAUUAAAACCUGAGCAGCUUCUCAAAUACUGAAAGAGGAACUGUAGUCUCUUGCAUUCUGUGUACAUACAUCUAGACUGCUGAAAAUAAAUACAGGCAGCCAGGAGAUUUUGAACCUGCUUGAAUAUCUAUUGAAAUCUACUGAAAGGAAACUACCCCCACCCCCUUUACAAAGAAAGGGAGCAGACCUCCAAUGGGAAUCCUCCACCCCUCAUUUCCAGAUGGCAAAACAGAUCAUCAGGGUACAUUUGGCCUGCAAACAAGAGUAAGAAAGUGGAGAGUACACCAGAGCAUCCAGUACUGUGAAGACAUUUCUAAGAGACAGUUAAAGUUGUGGUGGACCAGCUCCCAAGGAUGGUUUGGGGACUUGACUCCAAGAGAAAUCAUGGUUUGUCCCCUAAUCUAAACAUGCACUGAUGGGCAUCCUAUAGACAUUGGCCACAAGCCUUUUUGUGGUCCAGAUCACUGCUUCACCGUCCAGUAUGUCUUUGACUCUGGUCACCUCACCAACCUGCGUUUCCCCUCUGCCAAUGGCGAAGAACAAUGGCUGAAGGCAACUAAUACCAGACUCUAAUUAGAUUCCAGUAAACAGCAGGCAGGUCCUAUCAAGAGGCAGAGCCAACAAAUGCUCAAGGGAGUUCUGUGUUGCCUGCUGGCAGAAAAAAAUAUGUUGUCAGCAAGAAUCACCUCAAGGUGUGCUCUGUACAGGUAAUUCUGGAUGGUCCAAAGGUGAAGAGUUACAGCCUGGACAGAAUUGCAUAGUGACGGACAGUCUUCCUCAGUGGGAGACUCUGAACUGCAGCUUAGACAUAAUAUUCCCUCUUGUUCUAGAAGUCAAUGAGCUUCCUCAGUCCCUCCAACUACUUUUGUUGCCAAAGCACAAAGUGUCCAACCAGCAUCACAGGAUCAAGGCCACCAGCUGAUUUAUGAUCAGCACUUGUCUGCAUUGUUAAGUUACCAUAUGACCCGUAUUCAUUGUCUUUCACAUUGCUGAGUUUCCUUUAUUACUGCCAGUGGUAGUUACUGGUUAAUCUAUUUGUCCUUAUCCUGCCUAAUCCAGGGAUUCUGGAGCUAUUCAGAAAGAAAAGUGACCAAAGCAUUUCCAGAAUUUUUUGUUAUGCAAAUUUUAAAUGUGCGAUUUUAAAUGCUGAGAAAAAUAGUAUCCACAAUUUCCAAAAGGUCUGUAAAUUAAUUUAAUAAAAAAAUUAAAUUGAUUGUGUGGUAAGUUUUCAAUAUAGUCAUUAAAUUAUGGCAUAAUUUUACACCAGAAAUAAAAAUAGUUGCUAAAGUUCCAGUUUAUGAAUGAUCUAGGGGGAAAAAAGACUUUUCUAUAACAAUGAAGGUACUGGAAAUCAACACUCUUAAGUGGAUUUUUCAGGGUCUAAUUUCCCACAAAUGAGGAAAAUAUUUUGCAAGAGAAAAGAUUCUGUUCCACUUCAUCUUGACUGCUUCCUUUAUUAAUCACAGAUUGCAAGUUCAUUUUAACAAUUAAUUUUAUCUUUAAAAUAAUUUAUUUUUAAAAAAACUCCGCAGUUUUUUAAACUGUAAGAUCAGUUAAAUUUGUCAAAUUAACUAGUGUCAAAGAUCCAGUCCAGGUUCUUAAUCAAUUUUGAAUCUUGAUUUUGGAAUCAUAAUGUAGGCAGCAAUUUUAAAAUUUGUUUUUUUUUGCCCUUUCAGUUACUCUGGUUUGCUUCUAUAUUAUAUUUGUAAUUCAAAAGAAAUUACAUAUUUCUGAAUAGUUUAACCCUUUCAACUCCAAAUAAAUUUAAUUUGAUCAAAUGUGUAGUUCUGGCCCUCCCCAAAAUAGUCAGCAGCAACAUUAAGACGGAAAGGGUGUUUCUGGCUUGUAUAUCCUUUUUAAAAUAUUUUCAUAUUGUUCGUCACCUCUUCAGACGUGUCUUUAUUGGCAGUUAAAGGUGACGUGGAAGUUGAACUGCUGUGCAGGGGAAUAGUUUAGUUCCUAUUGACCGAGAUGUAAGCUACCAAAUGAAAGCAUUCAGGAAGGACCACCAACAGCUUGAUCAUCGGGUAGAGCCAGAGCUGCAUAGCACAGAUACGGGCCCUUUGGCCCACCACGUCCAUGCCAACCUUUUUGUUCACCUACACUAAUCCCAUUUGCCCACAUUGGGAGCGCAUCUUUCUAUGUCUCAAGAUUUCGAUUCUUUUUUUGCAGAACGUGUUACAUGUUUUGAAAUUUUAAACUCAUCCUAUAUUUUAUGUUUUCAACAAUUUGAUUUUAUAUAGCUGUUGAAUUUCAAGAUAAAUUACACUAUUUGAAAUGAUCAAACUUAACUAUUUGCUUCAAGCUUCUGACUUGCUACAGCUAAUAAGUCUCUGGCAAAUGUUGGCAUAAAUUUAGCAUUAGCAAAGCUAAAUGCUAAAUUAAGCAAAGCAUAAAUGAUUCACUUCAUAAAUAUCACCAGUAAAUUGGGUUGCAGUGAAUUUUGGGCCUUUAAUAAUUGUUUGAAAACAAGAGAUGUUACAAAAUAAAACUGCUUUUUCACAUCAAGCAUAAUAGAAGAAAUUUUUAAAGAGAAAAUUAUAAGGGAUAGAAGAAAUCCUGACUUAGAAAUAAGCUGGGUGUUUUAUAUUUUAAGGGUCAGCUCUAGGUUUGAAUUAUGUUUUCAUUUUGUACUUUAUGCAAAUCAACUUAAAACAAUAUAACAAAGUUAUUUUUAAAAGGUUACCUGGCAUUUUUCUCCAAGAGGCUUCAAAGUAUUUCAAGAAUUCCACUCAGCUGCCUGAUUAGCAGAUUUGAAAAGCAUCCGGAAUAAUCCUGAAAUCAGAAGUAGUAUGUAAUUUUAAUAUUUAAAAAAAAGCAGUAUGUAAAGAUUGUAAUUAUGGUUGGAAGGAGUAGCUCUUAUUACUUGGAGUUUUUUUUGUUGUUCAUCACUACUUACAACUCUUAUGCUAAGAACAGCAAAUUUACCAUAAAUGGUUAAACCUGUCCCAGAUUUUGCCUCUGGCAACAGUUCAUUUGGCACAAGUAUCAUUCCGAGCAGUCUUCUAUCAUCUAAGGAGGGGUGGUAUGUUGAAGGACUAAUUACCUCAGGGAUUGCAUACUCUGCCUCAAGGCUUCUCAGAGGAUUCUAUUUGUGUCAUUUACAUGCCGAAUACCAGACUUCUGAAACAGACACUAUAUUCCAAGUUGUGUCAAUAGAAAGGGAUUACAAAGUGUACUGAGAUGAUCAUUCAAGGAUCUGCUGAAAGUCUCCUUGAAAAAUUGCAGUAUCUCCACUGAUUUGCUGGCACGUAACCACUCAAAAUGGUGGCGCAUUCAGGAUGGGACUGAGAACCUCAAAUCCAUGCAUCAGGAGCACACAAAGCCCUACUUAAAAUGGCAGAAGGAGUGUAUCACCUCUACCCACCUGCCCCAUCAGGCACCUCCUGCCUGCUCCAUCUGCAGAAGAGUCUGUAGUUCUCACUUGGCUUUAUCAGUCACCUCUGAACCCACAAAACUGGAAUGGAAGUACAUCAUCCUUUAUCCUGAGAGACUGCUUAAGAAGAUGAAGAUGAUAGUGUCUUGAGGCUAUGUAAAAGCUUCUGCUUUGGAUGAAAUGGACCAAGAAUAGCCAUCAGUUUCUUAUUUCUCCCUGUUAUUUUGAUUCUUCCCUGUUUUCUCCCCUCCCACCUAAAGGCACAGACUAAUAUCAGGAUUCAGUUCUGAUAAUUUCCGACAGUGAACACAUAGGGAGCAUAAUAGAGCUGUCUGAUUCAGUUACAUACAUAUAGGUUGCCUUGCAAUUUUGCUUUCUAAUCCAUAACACCCACCUGCCCAUGAUUAGUUAACUCAGCACGUAUCAGGAAUCAAAUUUAAUCUGUGUAGGCCAACUUCUCACUGAGAGAGGCUGCUGAGUCAUUGGGAGGCAGAGACUGACCUGUUUGGUUCAAAGAACAAAUUGUAAUAAAUUAAGGCUUGAAUUUUAACCAUUGUGCCACCAUUAUAAUUGGAUUUGAGUGUUAUCAUUCAGCAGUAAUAGUUUUAGCUUGAUCAGACUAGAAACAUCUUUAACCAUAUAAUUAAGGAAAGCGCACCUAAUUUUGUUGCACAUGAUUUUAGGAAAUAUUUUAUGCACUUUAUGUCUUUGAUCUGUUCAUGUAUACAUUUGACUAUCAUCUAAUUUUUAUUACAAAUUUAGUUUUUUUUUAUAACUUUGCUAACAGUAGAAGUAUGUGAUUAUUUAAGCAAUUUAUCCAGCACAGAUCAAAGGUAGUUGCUUUAAUGACUAAAGGGUGAGCUAGCAAGUGCAAUGUUCAGUUUUGUUACCAAGCAGAGCCCAGAAAUACUCCAGAGGCAAUCUGUGAUCUGUACUGAGUUUAUUUUUUUCCUAGGUUAACAGUACUAUUAGCCUUGGCAUCCUUUUGCAAGAGGAAAAAAAUAGUCAAAACCUUUGCUUCAACAAUGCAGUAGUUGAAGGGCAUGACAUGGAAGGAUCCUGAACUUACAAGUGGCGUAGUCUGCCAACUUGUUCAGGUAAAUACUAAGACAGCACUUUGGGCUAGCUGUCAGCUUCCUUAUAGUCCUACAAUAUGGAUUAAUAUUAUCAAGGGAGGAUGGGGGAAAAUAAGGAAGAAAAACAAUUUUCUUUUUGAAUUAACUUACUCAAAUGUACUUUUUUAGCCAAGGAUCCAGUUACUACAUAUCCCAAAGCAUUAAGUCAACCAGAGCAGGAAUGCCCUUGAAGUUUCACAUAUGACACUGCUUGGUAAUAACAAGGUAGUAUUUUAAUGGUUGAUGGAGGAAAAUUGUAAAACUGUUGAUUGGUGCAAAAGAGGAUUGGUUUUGCUUUAUUUUUAAUUCUCUUAUUCCCAUGUUUGAAGCCAGCACAGAAAGUUUAGUGUUUCAUUUUACAAAACAAAUCAAUGGUUUUCAUUUGCCAAAAAUUGCGCUAAGGAAGAACAGAGGCUUGGUAUUUUGUAAUUAGAAAUUAUCAGCAUGAAAAUACCUAUUCUUGUUAGUUUUGUCUACUGUGCAUUAAUUUUCUCACUGUUACUAGUUCCUUCAAAAAAGCUUUUAAACAAUUUCCAUUUGAUAGCUCUUGUAAUGUACCCACACAUACAAAAAUUCUUUACAGGAAGCAUAAAUUUUGAAGCCAAACAUAUAUGUUGAAGGACUGUUGACAAAAGGCUUGGUUGAAGGAGCAGGUUUUAAGGAAUGUUUUGGAAGAGGAAAAAGAGGCUCAGGGGUUUUAGGGAGGGAAUUCCAGAGAUUAGGGCUCCAGUAGCUGAUGUAACAGCCAUGAAUAAUAGGGUGAUUUAAAUUCAGGAAGAUCAAGAAGCUAGAAUUCUAGAUAAGCUCAAGUGUACAAAGGUAGAAUGAGGGAAGACAAGAGGCUGAGAAUUUUCUUGGUGGAGAAUGUCCUGAUAUUCUUAAAGGUGAUAUAACAUGUUUUUGUUAUUUUCUUUGGUAGAAAUACAUUAAAAAGGAUGAAGUAUGUUUAAAAAUAACAAAAUGCUUAAAUAUUCAAAAAAUUAAAGAUAUUACUCUUGUUGUUAAAAA